CGGAGCGGCGCGUCAGUGUCUCCUGCUCCUCCGCUCUGUCCGCUCCGCCAAAGCCGCUUCACGAGUUUUACUUCCCGCUUUUUUACACUUUUAACUUAUUUUAUUUAUUGUCUCGUCGCGUUUUAACUGAACCGUAAAGAUGCUGUCUGCGCGCUCUCCUCUGUCCGUGAAGAACCAAAACUCCGUGAGCAACAAAAUGAGCGUUUUGAGCCUGGACAAAGAAAACACGCCUCCGAGCCUGAACAACACCCGCAUCUUGGCUUCGAAAACGGCGGCGCGGAAGAUCUUCUCGGAGUCCACGCCCAAGUCCCAGUGUGAGGAGGAGCCUCUGCUGAAGGAAAACCCACGACGCUUCGUCAUCUUCCCCAUUCACUACCACGACAUCUGGACCAUGUACAAGAAGGCCGACUCCUUACUGACUACUACUACUUACUGUUCUGGUGUGUUUCAGGUGGACCUGUCCAAAGACCUGCAGCACUGGGAGACUCUGAAGGACGAGGAGAGGUUCUUCAUUUCUCACGUUUUGGCUUUUUUCGCCGCCAGCGACGGAAUCGUCAACGAGAACCUGGUGGAGCGCUUCAUGCAGGAGGUGCAGGUGACGGAGGCCAGAUGUUUCUAUGGGUUCCAGAUCGCCAUGGAGAACAUCCACUCAGAGAUGUACAGUCUGCUCAUCGACACCUACAUCAAAGACUCACAGGAGAGAGAGUACCUGUUCAACGCCAUCGAGACUCUUCCCUGUGUGAAGAAAAAGGCCGACUGGGCUCUGAACUGGAUCGGCAACAAGAACGCCACCUACGGGGAGCGUGUGGUGGCGUUCGCCGCUGUCGAGGGGAUCUUCUUCUCUGGAUCCUUCGCCGCCAUUUUCUGGCUCAAGAAACGAGGCCUGAUGCCCGGACUGACCUUCUCCAACGAACUCAUCAGCAGAGACGAGGGUCUUCACUGUGACUUCGCCUGCCUCAUGUUCAAACACCUGGAGAACAAACCGAGCUCGUCCACCGUGGAACGAAUCAUCAGAGACGCCGUCGCCAUCGAGCAGGAGUUCCUGACGGAGGCUUUGCCCGUCAAACUCAUCGGGAUGAACUGUGACCUCAUGAAGCAGUACAUCGAGUUUGUGGCCGACCGACUUCUGCUCGAGCUCGGAUUCACCAAGGUACUGCCCCCCGCUCUAGUACUUGGAUUUGCAGUACUAGUACUAGUACUUGGAUUUGCAGUACUAGUACUAGUACUUGGAUUUGCAGUACUAGUACUUGUGUGUAGGUGUGUGUGUAGUACUUGUGUGUGUGUUGGUGCAGUGAUGAUUUGCGCAGGGGUACGGACCUCAGCUGAUGAUGGGAGCUGAGUCUGUGGUGUCAGA